UCCGCCGUGUCAGCAGGCCAACAUGGCGGACAGCAGUCGAGAGGAAAAAUUGGCUGCUGCUCGCAAGAAGCUGAAGCAGUUUCAGAAGAAAUCGGGGAAAACACCUGGCAAUUCACCUGCCGGAGAGAAACCAAAAACCAAGAGACAGACCACUGUAGUGGAGAAUAAGAAGUAUGAGGAGGGCAAGAAAAGUAAUGGGAAUCAUUCUUCUGAGGUCAUUGCCAAUUCCGAAUCUCAUAACCAAUCUGUGGACCAUGUGGAAGCUGUUCCCAUGUCAGUGAAUGCACGCAGCCUCAGUCCUCCCCCAUCCACAGACACCCCAGACCAAUCUGUGUACAGCACACCACCUCUCAAUGAUUCCAACCACAGACCCACUGCUUCUACAGAGAGUCUUCAACAACUCUCCAGACAGAUAAAUGGCCUUUUGUCACAGUCUGAUGCCUAUGUGAAUGGGACAAUUGGUGACACAAAUGAUAACACUGUUGGCGAAUUGGAGGCUAGAAAUCGUGAACUCGCAGCAUUAUUAGAAAAACACAGCCAAAGUAACCGGCAGCUUGCAAUGCAUAUACAUGAGCUGAAAAAACACAACACGUCACUGCAGCAACAAGUGCAGGAGGAGAGGGGAGGCUUUGAGGAACGACAGAGGAAAGAGCUGGGGGCUUUAAAAGAACAACUGCAGGUUCAUAUUCAAACCAUAGGCAUCCUGGUUGCUGAGAAGACAGAGCUACAGUCUAGUGUAAACCAGAGUCAACGCCUGGCUCAACAGAGGCUCACUGAGAUAGAGGAGCUCUCUGGGCGUCUGAAGGCAUCGAGACAGCGCGUGGCUGACCUUGAGCGGGACUUAUCGUCAAUCUCUACAUCUAGUCAACAGUUUGAAAAG